AUGAAGUUCUUUGGCAUUCUUGUUCUUCCCGCCCUUGCCCUUGGCGCUGCUACGCCCAAGGCUACGGAUGAGGCUCAGGUUCACACUCUCGACCUUGGCUGUCUUGGGGCUGCCCCUAACAUCCUCGACUGCGUUGGGAAGAUCACCCAGGUCGAUCCCCUCGGAGCGACCGAUUGUAUUACCAACUUCGUAACUGGUAUCAUCAAGUGUGUUCCUGGCCUUGGCAGCCUUGCCGAUAUUCCUGGUUUUCCCAGUCUGCCUGCUGGCACUCCUGCCACUCCCGUCACCCCUUCUCUUCCUGGUAUCCCUGGGCUUUUUUAA